AUGGGUGCUUUCUUACACAAGACUAUUGGUACGGUCGACUCGUGUUUUGAUAGCUUCCAGUAUACAAGGUUCAACGAGUCUGGUUUAAUAGACACAAGCAGUCGAUGGAGACAACUUGGUUUGGCUACACACGUCUUCACGGCCUAUCUGGACGAUCGCGAGCCGUGCGCGCCAGUAAUUACGGUUAUUGGCUUUGGUGAGAAGUCCGAGCCAGCACUCCAUGGAACAUUACUGCUUCACAGCGGCGCAAGGGUAGAACUCGGGGAGUGUAAGGAGAAAAGGAAGUUGAACCCCACCGGGGAUUAUACCAUAGGGAAACUUGGACCCUACGCCUAUUUGUGGCCGUUACCAGACCACGUUACUACUGCAAAUCACGUGAGUGCCAUCACGGUUGAGCAAACUCAUCUUAUCACAGGAAAAACAAAAGCUGCGGUUUCCAUAACAAAGCCAGUCUACUCAACGAAAACCUUUGGGGUUUGCAUCAACUCGCCCUUAUUUGGACAGAUAGAGCCACGGACCAUCAUUGAAAACAUUGAAAUCAACAAAGUUCUUGGCGCAGAAUGGUUUACCUUUUACAUCUACUCCGCUGACAAAAACGUGCUACAGACGCUCCACGAAUAUGUCAGAGAGGGAACUGUCGAGGUCGUGUUGAACUGGGGGAAAGGUUUGCCCGGAGCUUCCACUCAUUACUUCGGCCAGACAUUGAGCAUUAACGAAUGCAUGUAUCGAAAUCUGUACAGGGUGAAGUACUUGGUGUACGCAGAUUUAGACGAAUUCAUUGUCCCAAGGAAAUCGCUAGGAUGGGGAACUUUGAUGAAGGAGUUGGAGAAUCCGCAAUUUGGCACUUUCGUCUUUAGACAUGCCUUCUUCUUCGCGAGCUAUAAUGAAACAGCAUUCGACGCAAACGCCAUUGAUGUUCACGUCCUUUGCGAUGGAUCGCGGUUCGUCGAAUUACCGCAAUUCCUGACGCACGUUGUACGUUCACAAAAGGUCUAUCCUUCUAGGCAAAAGUCUAAGUUCAUUACCAAGCCUCUAUAUUCGUCUGUCGUCGGCGUUCACGAGAUUUUCAAGCAUGUCGAAGAACAUAUAACGAGCCAUGUAGUGCCAACAGAUUGUGCUUUGCUUCACCAUUACCGCAAGUUUCGAGGGGGACUUCAUCCGGUCUCGAAAUCCGUCAUCCAAGAUGUGAAACGACAUCAGCGUGUCCAAGAUGAGCGCGCGUUAGUUUACAAAGACAAGAUUGUAGCAGCAUUGAGAAGACGAUUAUGUCGAUUGUAUGCCUUUGAAACAGACGCUCAAACGUGGCACAACGCUCCCGUAAGCUUAACAUAGA